CACACCCUGCUUUCUACUGGCGCUCCUAGAGAGUGUUCUGGCAUUAGUAUUCGAGACUCACUCUCACUUGUGUAUUUUUUUGGUUGUGCUUUAGAUAUAUUUACGGGAAGGUGUACCAGCGGUGGCCACUACUACAAUCAGUUGAUCCACCAACUACAGGCUGGCAUUGACAGACGGGGCAAAAUGCAAAAUGGCUCACAUGGUGGCAAGUCCAGAACCGUGAUUAGAUCACCUCUGCAGUUUGAAUUCAACACGCAUCCCAGGACAGGGGAAAUGCCACAAUGAGUACAGGCGGGCAGGUAGGCCUACCAUCUCUCGAGGAAUUUUGCGCUUUUCACCUGAAUUUUACCCUUCAGUUUUACUAACGGAACAAACCCCACAAUGGGACUGUGCUACAGCCUACGUCCUAGUCUUGACGAAUCCAGUGACACCGAGAAACCCGCGGACUGCUCUGUACGGUUACGCUCCAAGGACCUUGACCACGAGGAUACAGAGGCAUAUAAUGACAUGACACCACUCCAUGGUUGUUGGUGUCGCCGCGGGGGCCCUGGCAAAGGCAAGCCCUCUGCACGAGAUGCCCGUCGAGAGGACACGACUGAAGGCGUGCCCAUACAGAAUGGGGAAGGCGUGGGAGCUGACCGCAGCCAGCGGCAACAUUUGCUGCAGAAGAAGCUCAGCAAACAGAAACAGAAAACCUUGGACAAAAAGUUAUCCGAGGAGAAGGAGGUCAAAAAACAGGCGAAGAAAGUCAGUAAACAUAUUGACCGAACUCUGAAGGAGCAGAAACGGGAAUACGAGCAGACGCAUCGUCUGCUUUUACUCGGGGCCGGAGAGUCUGGGAAAAGCACGAUUGUCAAGCAGAUGCGGAUUCUGCACGUCAAUGGCUUUAACGCAGAAGAAAAGAAACAGAAAGUCCUGGAUAUUCGGAAAAAUGUGAAGGAUGCCAUUGUGACGGUAGUUUCGGCGAUGAGCACGUUAAUACCCCCAGUUCCAAUAGGCAACCCAGCGAACGAGUCCAGAAUUGACUACAUCAAAAGUAUAGCACCUCUCUCGGACUUCGACUACACAGAGGAGUUCUUUGAGCAUGCCAAGCAGCUGUGGGACGAUGAAGGCGUGAAGGCGUGCUUCGAGCGCUCCAACGAGUACCAGCUCAUCGACUGCGCACAGUACUUCUUGGACAGAAUUGAGUCGGUGAGGUCGAAUGACUACACACCAACAGAUCAGGACUUGCUUCGCUGCCGAGUUUUGACUUCAGGGAUUUUCGAAACAAGAUUUCAAGUUGACAAAGUGAACUUUCAUAUGUUUGAUGUAGGUGGCCAGAGAGACGAGAGGAGAAAAUGGAUCCAGUGCUUCAAUGACGUGACGGCCAUCAUCUUUGUGGCGGCAAGCAGCAGUUAUAACAUGGUCAUAAGGGAAGACAACAGCACCAACAGACUCCGGGAAUCCCUGGAUCUCUUCAAGAGCAUCUGGAAUAACAGGUUUUUACGGACCAUUUCAGUCAUCCUGUUCUUGAACAAGCAGGACAUGCUGGCUGACAAGAUCUUAGCAGGGAAAUCCAAACUUGAAGACUACUUCCCUGAGUACGCUCGCUAUACAGUGCCGGCUGAAGCCGUUCCAGACCCUGGAGAGGACCCUAAAGUGACCCGGGCCAAGUUUUUCAUCCGAGAUGAGUUCCUUAGGAUCAGCACGGCGAGCGGUGACGGAAAGCACUACUGCUACCCCCACUUCACCUGCGCCGUGGACACAGAGAACAUCCGCCGUGUCUUCAACGACUGCCGAGACAUCAUCCAGAGGAUGCACCUGCGCCAGUACGAACUCUUGUGAUUGGUCGCAGCCCAAAAUCCAGUCAGCUCUGGGCCAAUCCCAGUGCAGUUUGUUUCCACUCCCAAAACACAAGGCCCUUUUACCACAGGGACCAGGAGAACUACUGAAGCAUCACAAUGCUGUCAUUUUGUUUGCUAUUGUUGGUUUUAUUUAGUUAAAUUUUUGAUCUCCUUCUUUAGUUAUUUUAUUUAUGGCCCAUUUUGACUCUUAUUUUGUAGGUAUAAGCGGGGAUGGGAAAGGACGUUGUGUGUGUGCCUCAGUCUUUUAUUUCAAAUGCCUUUAUUCUACUCAUUCCACUAAGCCUUUUUAGACAUCUUGUUUUGUAGCUUUUGUUUUGAGCUAGUCUUCUGUCGUUUCUGUUGUGGUUGGUUCUGGACCAGCUGACGUUGUCAGAGGGUGUGUGUGUGUGUGUGUGUACGUUUGUGCGUGUGUGUGUGCGUGAGAGAGUUGAGGUAUCUAAUGAGGUAACUCCUGUGUGUGUUGGUUCCAGAGUUGGCACCAACCUUCCGACACUCCUUUGCAUGGAUGACUCUGCUUUUCUCUCUCGCUCGCUCGCUCUCUCUCUCGCUCGCUCUCUCUCUCGCUCGCUCUCUCUCUCUAUUCUGCUCUGAGUACUUGAUGAAGGAGUGGGGUGGUGGGUGGGCAGGAGAUGUAAUGCACUUUCAUCAGGUAACUUAACGCCGUCAAGGAAGUAUACACAUGAUGUAGCACCGAGAUAUUUAUUACUCUGUCACUUUUUAUUUGGGUUUGUUUAUUUGUAUUGUUUUAUUGCAAGAUGAUGGAGAGUGAGGCUUUCAGACUGCCUUUGUGUGGAUGAAUUAGCAUAGAGGGGGUGGGGCUUGUGGGAGAGCAGGAGGAUGCUGGGAGUUUGAGUCCAAUGCACCUCCUGCCGUAGGGCAGCAGCAGAGUUCUGCCACGUGUCUAAAGAGAAAUACCACACUCACUUUGAUUUGCCCACAGAUAGUCAUUUUUGACUUAGAUCCUCUUGGGCAAUAGUUCUAUAUGUUUUUGUUUAUUAUCUUGCACACUGUGCAAGGUUGAUUAUCUUGUACAGACUUCAAAAUGUAAUGUUAUUUUGUACAACUUUAUUGAGAAAAAAACUACUUGUAGAAUAUCUUUGUGCCUUGAUAAUGGCUGUACCUGUAAAUUGAGCUCUGAUGUAUGUUUUUGACUGCGCUGUACAGCUUGAUGUCAAACUCUAUCUGACAGUAGAGACUGCAGGUAGGGAGUUUCUCUCUCUCUGUAGAGGUUUGUUUUUCUGGUUUAUAAAAAAGGAAAAUGUUCUUUAGUAGAAAACGGUGGAAAAAUUAGCGAGGGGUAAAAAAAACACACAAAUCCUGUAUACAUUAUGCAAAUGAACCACUUACCUACCGCAGUGAUCCCCAGAGGUCGCAGCCAGAGACAUGCCUUCAUCCGCUUUCCUUUUGACGGUGAAAAUGUAUAUUUUUAUUUCUGAUUCUCAGCUUUAAUACAUUGGAAGAUCCAUUGACGUGUCCAAAUCGCAACCUGCCGUUGUUUUACUACAGUAGGAAGCAUCUUUUUAGAUAUGAAGUGUGUAUGAGAUGUAUACAUGCGCGUGCCAGUAAAUGUGUGUAUGUGUGCGUCAAAGCAUGCAUGUACUGUAAAACAUAUAUACACACAUGUACUCAUGCAUUGUAUAUGUACAUUGUACAUAUGCAUUUUAUAUUAAUAUAUAUGUACAUAUACAUUUAUAAAGAUAUACAUAUAUUCUAUAAAUCUAUAUGUACAAUUAUACAUAGUAAUGUGUGUGCCUAUGCGUAUACAUAUUUAUGAAUGUCUAGAACGUAUGUAUGAAUACAGAUGCAUAGGCAUUAACUUAUAUAGAAUGAGACGAGAUGAGAAAGUAGUGAUCCUUUGGCCAUGCAGAGACUUCACAAUGGCACAGGCAUUGUGAAUGUGGGAGCACAGUUAGAUAGGCUAUUCUUUACACUGAACAGAAGCUUUCAAUGUGCAAGUCUAUUCUGAGAGCGAGGAGGUAGAUGUGAUAACUUUUGUGUCAGGCCUUUAAGGAAUACAGAAAGUAUUUUUAUUUUAAUAAAGAGGCACAUCAGAA